GGUGAAUGCGGAAAUCGCACAAGUAGCCACUUCCGUCUUUAGCCGCCUCUCUCGAAGCUGAAAAUGACGGCGACUUUGCGUCCAUAUCUCAACGCUGUGCGCGCCACGCUGCAGGCCGCUCUCUGCCUGGAGAAUUUCUCUUCACAGGUGGUGGAAAGACACAACAAACCAGAGGUGGAAGUCAGGAGCAGUAAAGAGUUGCUCCUCCAGCCUGUAAUCAUCAGUCGUAAUGAGAAGGAGAAGGUCCUGAUCGAGGGCUCCAUCAACUCUGUCAGGGUCAGCAUCGCUGUCAAGCAGGCAGAUGAGAUUGAGAAAAUUCUGUGCCACAAGUUUAUGCGUUUUAUGAUGAUGAGAGCAGAAAACUUCUUUAUCCUGAGGAGGAAACCAGUGGAGGGCUAUGACAUCAGCUUCCUCAUCACUAACUUCCACACUGAGCAGAUGUACAAGCAUAAACUAGUGGAUUUUGUCAUUCAUUUUAUGGAGGAAAUCGACAAGGAAAUCAGUGAAAUGAAGCUCUCCGUCAAUGCCAGGGCUCGGAUCGUCGCCGAGGAGUUCCUCAAAAAUUUCUGAGAGAAAACCCAGGAAUACAUUCCAUUUCGCAAUUUUGGCCCUCACUGUGGAGCAUUCACAUCUCUGGUCAGAUCCUUGCUUGUGUGAUCCGACAAGAGAAGAAACAUAGGAUGUACAGUAAAACAUCAGGCCAACAGGGUUCAAGCCUUUUAACCUGCAAAUGAGCCUGUGCUCAAAUUAUUGACGUUUGUACAUAAAUAUUCACAGCAGACAUUAGAGGUCAGGGUAGACUUGCUAUUAAUACUAUAAGAGCACAGGAGGUUUUUUUAUUUAAAUGUUUUUAAAGUUAUAUGGAUUUCAGUUUGCUGUUUUGUUACCACAAACGUUAAACUACGAAGGCAAUCAAAUGUGUUUUCACACCACAGUGGAACAAAUAAGUUUACGUACCGACAAGAAAUAAA